AUGGAAUUUUGUGAGAUUUUAUCCUGUUGCGAGGAUGCUGCCGUUCGGCAGAAUGUCUGUACAUUAGUGGGAUUUUUACUCAAAGAGGAUACUAGCAGUAAUAGUGUCGAAGAAAGAGCUAUGCCUAUUGAUAUCAAGCGGAAGUUAUACUCCAUCCUAUUAGAACGACAACUUGAUAAGAUGACUGCUGUUCGCGCUGAAGUUAUCCAGUCCGUUGCAGACAUUCAGGAUGACGAAAUUCCUAACGAUUUUGUGGAAGCUCUUGAUCGAAGCCCUAAAGAUAUAAUUUUGAUGGGAUUUCGCGACGUAGCUGCCGAUUGUCGACUAACCGCUGUGUUUGCUCUUCGUGUCGUAACGCAGUCACAUGCAGAUUACCUCAUCGAACUUGCUUCUGGUGAUUCAAACAGCAAGGUUCGUGUCGCAGCCAUACGGCAGUUGGCUCGGCUUCCGUUAACGUUUAUGACAGAGCAGCAGCGAAUGGACUUGCUUCGAGGAGUGCUUUUCACUGAUGAGCCAUCUGUGAUGGACGCGGCAUUCUCUUUGUUGAUUCCGGAAUGGAUUUCCUUCAUUCAUCGAGUGCAGGAGCGAGCGAACAAAAGAAGAUCUAGGGGAGAUCACGUCACAGAGGAAGAAACAGUGCCUGAGAUCAGGAUCAGUUGGUUUUCACUACAACUUUUUUCACAUUUGCGCCAAUCGCAUGAAAUUUUCAAAGGAUUUCUGUAA